GUUGUCCCUGACCCGGAAGUGUUUAGGUUUAUUGUAGGAAGUUUUCCGCCAGAAGAAGAACGACACUGAUUUAACGGAGGGGCGAAAAGUCGGAAACCAUAACGGUAUGGACUCUCCAGGCAGAAGUCGAAGUCCCAGUCCUGCAAAGAGAGAAAACAGUGGACCUUCAGAGGACGAGUCUAGUCCAAAAGCAGAGAGGCCUCAAAAGGCCGGCUCCGUUGAAAGAAGCCCCAAAGAGAGGCCGUCCCCUCGGGCCAGUCCUGCAGGCAGUGCCGCCUCCAGGAGCCCCGCCUCCAGCAGCUCAGACAGCAGCAGCAGCAGUGAUGAUGAGGAUGAACAUCAUGGGGCCCUGAGGAAGAUUAGGAGCAGUGUGGCUCAGAUCAAAAGAUCAAGAUCCAAGUCCAGGGAACAAGAUAGAUCUGUAUCCAGAGAGCGAGACCGGUCGGGAUCAAGAGGACGAGACAGGUCCAGGUCAAGAGGACGAGACAGGUCCGGGUCAAGAGGACGAGACAGGUCCAGGUCCAGAGAGAGAGACUGGGAUCGCUACAACAGAGGACGCUAUACUCGGGAUCGCUAUGACGAUCGCCGUGACGACAGGGGCGGUCGUUUUGACCGGCGGACCAACCGGGAUGCAGAGUCAGAGCACAGGAGGCGAGGUCGCUCGGCUUCCCCUCCGCCGGGAAGGGAGCCAGCGGCAGCCGAAGAGCCCCCGGUCAAGAAGAAGAAGGAGGAGCUGGACCCGAUCCUGACAAGGACCGGUGGCGCUUACAUCCCCCCCGCAAAGCUACGCAUGAUGCAGCAGCAAAUCACUGAUAAGAGCAGCCUGGCCUAUCAGAGAAUGAGCUGGGAGGCUCUGAAGAAGUCCAUCAAUGGUCUGAUCAACAAAGUCAACGUGUCGAACAUUGUCCACAUCAUCCAGGAGCUGCUGCAAGAGAACAUCAUCAGGGGAAGGGGUCUGCUGUCUCGCUCGGUGCUGCAGGCUCAGGCAGCGUCUCCGAUCUUUACUCACGUUUACGCCGCCGUCGUCGCUAUCAUCAACUCCAAGUUCCCUCAGAUUGGAGAGCUGAUCCUGAAACGCCUCAUCCUGACCUUCAGGAAGAGCUACCGCCGCAACCUUAAGCAACAGUGCCUGACAGCCUCAAAGUUUGUGGCGCAUCUCAUCAACCAGAAUGUGGCCCACGAGGUUUUGUGUCUGGAGAUGCUCACUCUGCUGCUGGAGCGUCCCACUGACGACAGCGUGGAGGUCGCCAUCGCCUUCCUGAAGGAGUGUGGACUCAAACUGACCGAGGUGUCCCCGCGAGGAAUCAACGCCAUAUUUGAGCGCCUCAGAAACGUCCUCCAUGAGUCAGCUAUCGAUAAGAGGGUCCAGUACAUGAUCGAGGUGAUGUUUGCCAUCAGGAAGGACGGUUUCAAAGAUCAUCCAGUGAUCCCAGAGGGCCUGGACCUGGUAGACGAGGAAGACCAGUUCACCCACAUGCUGCCGCUGGAUGACGAGUACAACACAGAGGACAUCCUAAAUGUGUUUAAGAUGGACCCAGACUUCUUGGAGAACGAGGAGAAAUACAAAACCAUUAAAAAAGAUAUCCUGGACGAGGGCAGCAGCGAUUCAGGGGAGGAGGGAGACGGAGACGACGACGAUGAAGACGAUGAAGACGAGAACGAGGAGGAAGGAGAAGGUGAGGCAGAUGGUUAAACUCCUAAACAGGUUUUA